UUGUGCUUAGUUCGUCUGGCAUUUCAUAAUGACGGAAUUCCAGGAGCCAUUUUCAAAAAAAGAAAUUUUCAAAAGACAUGGAUUCCGAUUUUUUUUGUAAAGACAUCGAAAAAAGGAACAAAGGCACUAACCGUUUACCUAUCCCAUUUGAGCAGAAAUUUGGCUCCUCACUCAGGACCAAAUUCUGAAUCACUGAAGCAGAUUUUUCGAUUUUUAGUGAAUGCUUGAAAAUGACAGAAAUAGCCCAUUGGAAUCAACACGGAACGAUUUUCCUAUUACUGCUGAUAUCCUCAUUAUCGGGUGACAACUUACCAAACACAAGUGAAAGUUCAUUGCAAAGCAAUGUAAGUACUAUCGCGUCUGAUGGCACAAUACUCUGUGAUCCAUCUGUAAACAAUUCAACAUGCGCCACGACGACAUCUACUGCAGCUCCAACAGUUACAGUGAUCCAGCAGGAGAUCGAUUCAAUGAGAUUAUGCUUGGCUUUGAUAUUACUUCUAUUGGCUUUAACUUCCUCAGGCUUCCUUAUAGCCUACUUGAGAACCAGUUUUAAAAAAAAGGGACCGAAAACUUUACUGCUUAAGAUCACAAGUUCAUAUUGUGUUACGUUGUUAUUCUUGUACAUUGCUUCUGUAAUAUCGUUUAUCCUCUUGAAUGUACCACCAUUAGAGCGCAAUACAGAUAUAUAUUCACGGGUAGCCAAAACAAUCAUAGAAUAUAGUGUUUAUAGUUUAUUCUUAUGGUCGUGCUUCAUAACGUACGAAUGUUGGCAAUGCUUCAUCAGAUUCAAAGAUUACAAAGUUGAUUCUAAUCAGUCGAAGAGACGACGUCAGAUGGACUACUUAAUUCGAUGCUGCUUCGCCUGGAUUACGCCGAUAUUAAUGCCGAUUAAUUCUUCUUUCUGUCCGUUCCCGAACGCAAACCAACCCGACAUCACGCAGUCAACCAACAAUGACACACUAAUGAGUUUUCUACGUUGUCCUAAAAUUAAUAACACUAACAUAAACGACACGUUGCUAUAUUGGGCUGAUUUCGUGGUCGAUCAAAAUUCAUCAUCGCCAAUAAAUCUAACGGUUACAGUUGUCCUAGCCAUGUGUAUUAUACUUCCAUUUGUGCACAUCUGCGUUCGUUUUCGAUCACUUCUUAUAGAAGUUGGCGAUGCAGAUAUGAAUAACUCGAAGAAGAAGAGACGUUAUCGGUACAUAGUUUAUGCAAAAUUAUUAUGUAUUACUGGCGCAUUCUGGGUUCUAAGCUCUUUCUUAAUUUUCUUGGAUAACCUUUGCCCUUCUAUCGGUAUAGUCGUAUGCUUUUUGUUAACAGCAUAUGGUAUAUUGUUAUGUAUUAGUUUGGGUAAGAAAAACCACUCGUUUUACAACAUUCUUCGGGGGCAUAUGAAUCGAGUUUUUAUUCGUCGUUUUCCUGAUAGUGUUAGUAUGUCCCAAGUGCGCAUGACAAGAUAAUGAUAAGUAAAUAGUAUCAAAUCAAGUAUAAGUUGUACUUUAACCAAGAAAACAAUAAGCACUUUUUUUUUCAUUUUCGCGUUGUAAAAAUGUUUAUUUUCAUAAAAUGUCUAAUGUAAUGGAGAUGAUUUGAAUAAACAACAUUCUUCUUUGCUUAGUUUACUACAGUUUUGUGUAGGCCUAUUGAAAUGUAAGCAAAUAUUAAAUAGGUGAGUAUUUCUUUUAAAUUAGAACAUAUAUAAAAAAUGUAUCACAGGCUAUUAGGCCAAGUUCAUACUGAAAUGUGUAACUAUUUGUAGAGAUUUUAUUUAAAUACGAAUAUUAACUACCUUCUGUAAGAUUUUAGAACAUUUUUUAAAAUUGGAUUUUAUUCUUUUAUCUUUAUUACCCCUCAUUAUGUUACAAGUUUUGUAUUCCUUUCUUCCUACCUCAAAAGGGUUAGGUUUGAUAAUGAAUCUUAGUGAUGGGUUACUUUGUUAGUACCUAUGUAUAUACAUGUAGUGAGGUAUUCAUAUUCCAGAAUUUGUUUACCCACUUCAGUAAUGACUAGAAUUCUGAAGUCCAUUAUAAGUAUUGCUCUUGUAAUUUUUUGUAAUUAAUUAAGAGAAUUUGUUCAUAAUGAUGUAGAAUAACUUUUGUUGUGUUGAUUCAAAAUGAAUUUUUAUAAGAUGAUUUAAAAUUACAUUUUUUAGUGAUUAAUUUAAUUUUUUUCAAUUUAUAAUUUUUUGUGAUACCUAAUUGAUU